GCGCAAGCGCUCAGGGGUAGUCCGACUCUGACCGGCUGAUUACCAAGGCGGAGGCAGUGCCAUACUCGCCAGGCCGUUUGACUGUUGGCUCCGCCUCGGCCGGGCCCCGCCUCGUCACCGUCACCGUCACUCCUGUUAGUUCGAAGCACAGGUUUGCCCCUGGUGGACCACUAAGAGAGGUCCUUCACAGAUGCUCCACCUCAUGGGAACCUGAGCUAAAGCUACUUUGGAGGCAGACAUCCUUGGCUGCUCCAGGUUAGGAAGAAGAGCGUGCUCUUUCUCCGCCUGGCUUCUGACUUCCCAUCAGCACUGGAGGAUCUGCUGCCCCCACACUGCCUGACUUCCGAGCUAGAGAGUGAGAUCUUCAGAAGAGUUCUACAGAGUCAGCAAAGGCUGUGUGAUACAGACCUUCAUGAGCCGGUACCAGGCAGCCCUGCUGGGUAUAGGCCUGCUGCUUAUGCUUCUCCUGUAUGUGGGGCUGCCUGGCCCCCCUGAAAAGACUUCCCAGCUCUGGACAGGCCCCAAUGUCACAGUCCUGGCUGGUCUCACCCGAGGCAACUCUCAAAUCUUUUACCGGGAGGCGCUGCCAAUCCAGCAGGCACACAGGGUGGAAGUCGUGUUUCUCCAUGGAAAGGCAUUUAAUUCCCACAUAUGGGAGCAGCUGGGCACGCUGCAGCUGCUGUCCAAGAGGGGCUACCGGGCUGUGGCCAUUGACCUUCCAGGUUUUGGGAACUCAGCGCCUUCAACGGAGGUGAACACAGAGGCAGGGCGAGCGGAGCUGCUGAAGCAGGUACUGCGGGAUCUAGAGGUGCAGAAUGCUGUAUUGGUGAGCCCCUCACUGAGCGGCAGCUAUGCCCUGCCCUUCUUGAUGCGAAGACACCACCAGCUACGUGGAUUUGUGCCCAUCGCGCCUACCUCCACACGGAAUUACACACAGGACCAAUUCUGGGCUGUGAAGACCCCAACUCUUAUCCUGUACGGGGAACUGGACCACACCUUGGCGCGGGAGUCACUGCAGCAGCUCCACCACCUGCCCAACCACUCUGUGGUGAAGCUGCACAACGCCGGCCAUGCCUGCUACCUCCACAAUCCGGAAGCCUUCCACCUCGCCCUUCUUGCAUUCCUUGACCGUUUGCCUUGAACAGACUCAACUUCCCAGAACUAACCUUGAAGGGUCUAGACCCUCUCUCCCCUCUCCCAAGGAGGCUGGCCCUGAGUGGGAUUGAGGACAGAGGAUUAAGCCCAGCCAGGACUUUUGAUUUAAUUUCACAGGCACAAUAAAGAAAAGCCCUUUUGUCUGGU